AUGGGGGCCAGGGUGACCCGCGCUUUCUGGAACUUCAACCUGGAUAACUGUGCCGAGAGGGAGAUCAGCGAGGUGAAGCCGUCUGCUGCCCACAAGCACCCCUUCACUAAGGCCUUGAUGCCAGAGCAACUCAGCCACCAUCCAGAACUAGAGGAAAUAGUUAAAAGAAAAGAUGAUAAGCUGCUCACAUUGUUAAGAGAAGUAUAUGUGGAGUCCAAAGAUCCUGUUCCACCUGUGCGAGUGAAAGAUGCCAGUAUACCUCAGUCGACAGAGCUCAGACUUCUAAAAGGCAAUCACUUUAACCUCAUGACUUCCCAGAACAUUCCCAAGGGCAAAAUUUCUGUGGUGGAGGCUCUCACACUACUUAACAAUCAUAAAUGUUCUCCUGAAACAUGGACUGCAGAGAAAAUAGCCCAGGAAUAUUAUCUAGAACUAAGGGAUGUUAAAUCCCUUCUCACGUUUUUCGUUGCUAAGGGGGAUACGUUAGGAAGGAGCAAAAUAUAG